CGCAAAGAAAACAGUUCUGCCGUUUUCAUCUGUCAAUGAGCGAUUCACUUCAGGGCAGAUCAGGGAGGUGCUGGACCGGUUGUCGAGAGGGGAAGGAGGAGGGGCAAGCUUAGGGAAGGAGAAGGAAGACAUCUAGAACCCUGGAAGGAAGAAUUCCAGGCCGCGGUUUUCCUUCACCGUCACUGAGCGGGCCGCCUGACUCAGCUCCGGGCCUCGCGUGGCCCUCCGGCCGGCACCUCUGCCGGGGCAGGCCGACGGCCGAAUCGGAGCCGUGUGGGCCGGGGGGGACCUUAAGGAAGCCAAGCCUUUCUUCGGCGGGCGGGGAAAGGGAGAUCGGCCUGGUGGGAGACUGGCUGGGAGUAGGAAGCAGGGGGAGGGGAUCGUUCCCACCGGGAAGCAUUGUGACAUGGGCGGAAGGUGAGGGGAGGGCGGACGAGGGGUCUUAAGCCACAUUUCCCUUCGGGGGGUCGGAGGGAAUGGAGGAAGAGGAGGAGGAAGAGGAGCAGCCACCUAGGGGCCACGACACCCCGGAGGCCCAGCGGUGCCCGAGCGAGUCCCAGGACGGCUUGGAUGGAUUAGACCGGGAGACCAAAAUCCAGCUGGCGAAGGAGAUCGUGGAGCAAGAGCGAUGCCUGGUGCUGAGCAGCUUCACCCAAGCUCUCUUCCUGAAGCUGCACGAGAUCUGCGGCAACUCUGAGGCGGCCGCCGUGGCCCCCGUCCCCUCGCCGGCCACGCGACACAUCUUUCUGCUGUGCCGGACGUCCAGCCUGCAGGACCAGCGACGGCGGCUGCAGGAGCGGCUGAGCGAGCUGCAGCGGGGGAGCCGGAACGCGCCCGCCGCCCUCAUCGCCAUCCUCGUGCGCCCGUCCAGCCCCGCCGAGGCCGACGAGGCCCAGCGGCUGCUGCUGCGGCUGCUCGGCGAACCCUGCUGCCGGGAGCCCCCCGGUCCGGCCCCGGACCUCAGCGGCGGUGCCGAGCUGGACUCCGUCAGGAUGGAGAUGGAGGCGUUUGUCCCGGACGAGCCCCGCGGGGCCCUGCACAUCAUGAAGGCCGCCUGCCGGACCAUGCGGGUGCCCCGGGACGGGCGGCCGUCUGACCCCAAGGAAGAGGAGUCUGAUCAGAGGUUGUCAGAGGACACAGAACCCCCGGGAAUACUUCAAAGACUUCAGAGCACUAUAGGCUGCACAGGAAACCGGCUGCUGGAGGCCAUGUCGUCCAAAGCUGUGGUGCUCACAGCCCUCGGAGCAGCAGCCGUGGCUGCGGGGGCCGCCGGGGCAGCCUACUACACCAGCGAGCACUAGGGGGACCGGACCCCCCCACACCCUUCCCCACCCACACCCCAAAGAUCCGUUGUCCAUCAAGGAUCUCAUGUGCAUCAAAAUAAACUCCUCCAAAUCAGAA